GUGCUCACCACUUGUGGCUGGAGGGUGCAGCCGUCGACUUGCAUGGCCUUUCAACGGAAGUGGGAGUCGUGCUGGCGAUGCUGGCACUGAUGGAGCAGGCCUCAGGUGGAGAGCCGGGCGAUUUGGUUCUCGUCACAGGGAAGAGGCAGCAUUCGCAUCAUGCCGACGCUUCUAUGCAGGAAGCGGUUUUGGAGCUCAUGAAGGAGUUGGAGAUGGACUGCCACGUUGAAGCUUCCAACCACGGUCGGGUGUGGAGACCCGUGGAGACCUGUGGAGAUGUUCAGCGUUCCAAUGAUGUGCCAUGGGAAGGUGGGCUCGCCUGUCUCAGUACUUGGAUGAGCCGAGGUUCCCACGACGGCGAAACAAUUGAGCUCUCCUUCAGCUACGACGGCCUUGAUAUCACUGUUCGUGGCUCUCCCCGCAAAGCUUCGAGAUUCCUGGCCUCUGUCACUUCAGGAUCCCUUGCUGGCCGUCCGGCCUCGCCGAGUCCUACCCUUGGUUCUUUUGAGCGGGUUGGUAGUGUCGUUGGUGACCCUGUUGUUUCUGUGCCCCCUCGCUUUGAGUCUCGUGACGCCAUUGCUGCCGGUUUUGUGCCUUGUCCUGGUCGCCUGCUUGACUCUGCGUCGAAGUUGUCGGGUCCAGUUAGCAGUGCGGAAGGAAGGAUCCGUCGUGCCUGGGAAGCUGGACAGUGGGCUCGUGCUGUUCUUGCAGAGAGGAUUGGUUCUCCUAACCGUACUCCUCCUCUGGAGAUUCGGUCCAGGUUCUACGCUGUGGCAAAGGCAGACGGCCUUCUUCAUCCCACCAUCUUCAAGAGCUCAGGCUCUUACUUCAGGGCAGUCGGAAACUUGGUGGAAAGCUCCAGUGUGUCACAGGCAUUCCCCUCAGAGCUGGAGGCUCGGAUCUACUUGGAAGCAGCCGGCUUCCACUCGAGCAUUGAAGUCCGACCUUGA